CCACCCGGUCCUCGAGGGAUCCUUGGCGGGAUCGGCCUUAGAGCAGGUAGCGCCCCAGCUCAGUCAGAGGACAGAGCACCUCAUGCCGGGCUCUCCAGAGUGAGUCCCUGUGGGAUGCUGUUAGCUAUCCCUUGCGCCUGAAGCCAGAGUGCCUGAGCCCCGUGGAACUGCCCCAUAGCCUGCGAGAGAAGACACGCGACACCAGAAGCAGGGAUGCCGCUCAGCACGGGAAUGCUGGAGCUCAUCAACUUCAACGCCAUCCCCAUGGUCCCCCUGGACGAUGACCUGGCGACUUCAUCCAAGCAGAGGUGCAUCCAGCAUGAAGAGCUGAAGAUGAGAGUGAAACAGAACCCUCCCCUGUGCCUCAUGGGCUCCAUGGACCAGCUGAAUAGAAAGAUCUCCCAGAUAGACCUGAAGACCAGACUGUACACGACCAGCAUUUACAGCAACGUCCUGGUCAUUGAGAAACUGGAGGCAGAGAAGAAACUGAGAGAGCAGCAGCGCAUCUUGGGAGAGAAAGAGAAAUCUAACAAAGCCAAGAAGAAGUCACCCAAGUUUUUCUCGCUGACUCCAUCGACUUCAAGUGUUCCCUGUGCCAGGUUGAAAAAGAGAACCCAGGACGGGCUAGCUGAGCUGUACCAGGCCCCAGAGUAUAACGCGGCGCUGCCCAGUGAGCUGCCAAACGGGGUGAACUACUGUGACAUGGUGGGCAACGUCAUCCGGGCGCAGGGGAGCACCCUCAGUGGCAAGGCCUUGUGUGCACCAGAAGAAAUGAACAGAUUCUUUUCAUCUCCGUUUUCCAAGGCUAUCGUGCUGGACUGUUUCUGGUGGAUCUUUCAUGAAAGAUACGAUCCAAACAAGGAGAUCCAGAGGAAGCUAUUUGACCGAGUGUCAAAGAACUAUGCUCAUCUCCUGCUGGACAUGCCCAGGUCGUUACACGAAGAAUUCAUCCUGCGAAGUUUCCCAUCCCUCCUGAGCCAAGCCCUCUAUACCAGCUUCUGCACCUGCUUCCCACAGUCGUGGUUCGACAAUCACGAAUUCAAAUCUUCCAUCUGUGACACCAUGAAUCAGUGGAUUGGAGGCACGUUCCCAAGCCCAAGGAGCUACGUACAUUGGAACUACUUUGAGUUGGAGCCGGUGCGAUUCCGCAGAGAAGAGCUGAUGAGAGGCAGAGAGAAGCUUGCUGGCAGCGACAGGCAGAAGAUUGCAAUGCAAAUCUCAAAGUCGGAGCCCCGCUCAAAGAACCAGAGACAAGCCUCCAAGAAGGUUAGGGAGAUCACAGAGAUGAGGAUAUUAGAGAGGUCAGCUCAGAAUGAGUCUCACCCGGCCUGCAGGGGACCCGAGUUUUCGAGAAACCUGUUCAGCAUAACUGGCAACAGCCCACUGAUUGUUCACUACCUUCAGCAGCAUGAUGCUUAUCGACAGGCUGGCCAGGACAUCCUGAUGGUCCGGCGUGAUAUGACCAAGACCGUGCCAGAGGGCACGGCAGCCUAUCGAGAUGUGAUCCGGCAGGUCAGGGCUAACAUGAAGAAACUGAGCAAGGACACCAGGUACCUGCGUAAGGUGCACUGGAAGGAGUGGAAGAUAUUUGACCAGAGCCAGAAGGAUCUGCAGGCCGAUUUCAUCAGGAAAGUGAAAGACGUCAACGCAAAUGCAUUAGAAAAGAAGAAGAUGAAUCAGUAUUUCAUCCCCCCUCCAGUUUUCCAGGAGGAAUUUUAUGAUCAAUAUGGAAAAAUCGUUGAAAUGGAAGAAGUACAUUACAACACUGCACACAUAACCCCCCAGCUGAAAAUGAGAUGUUAGGCCUGAGACUGUGAGUUAAGAGUCAUUAACCCUUCGUGGUUCCUUCUGUCGAGCACAUUAAAGGUGGGCCCCAUCUGGGGCUUUGGAGGCUGUGGCAAACAGGCCCCUGGAGGCUGAGUGCUGGGGGUAGAGGCUUUGGGAACGUGGGAGGAAUCCCACAUCCUCAGCUUAAGUGUGUUCUCCGACAUUGAAGUGUUUAUUUUAAAAUUCAAUAGAUUCAAAAGAGAACUUAUUUUCCUUCUCAAGCCCAUGCUUUCCUUCCUUAACCUCCUGAUUUCUGUUGAGAGAUGCACCAUACUCCUGGUCACCCUGGGUGGUCUCAGUCUUUCCUCUCACCUUGGCAUCCAGCCACAUCCUGUGGAUUUCACCUCUGAGUUACCUUGGACACCCACCCCCUUGUUCAGACCUUUGUUACCUCUGUUCUGGCCUAUUGUAAUCACCUUCAUCCUCUCUCCUCUCCAACUUAUCCUUUUAAAAUGUUUUGAUGGCUAGAUCCCAUUCAGCAGACAAGGAAAGCUGUUGCACAGUGCAUUCCCAGAAAGCCACUGGGCCACUUGGGACUGCCCUGAUAAUCCAUGGGAUGCUCUGGUUUUAUAAUUCAACAGAAAGGAAAGGUGUGUGUGUCAACUAUCACUUGAAUUUUUUUACCUGUCAGUGCUGACUUUGCCUUAUUGUAGUCAUUGUGUGUUGUGGUUUUCUCAGCUUUCUCCACCCGGCCUUCCUUCCUUCACCUUGAGCAGCCCCAUGUGCCUCUGAGUUCUUCCUUUUUGUUAUUCUUGAAAGUAUAGCGAUUCAUGACAUUCCACAGAGCAUACUUUGUUCCAUCAUCCCUCAAUUGUGGGGCAUGUGUUUUCUUCUCACAAAUAAUGCUGCUAUGAACAUUUAUUUGCAAAGGGGUCUUUUCUUU